UUUUCCUCCUGCCAUCAUUGUGUAAUGUCUGUUAAACCCAGCUAGACGAGAUCUGUGCCUGUGCUUGUUGUCACAUAUUUUUCUGUGUUUACUCCUGUCUUGUUGAAGAGGCCGGGUAAUGUCAAAACCCCAGCAACACAGCAGCAGUACCCGACUUUUUGGGUGUUUUAUCCCUCAAAAUAUGCAUAUCAUCGCACACAGGAGAUAUUACCAUGUUAAACCUGUUUUACCUGGUGCACCUCUGAGGUGACAGGGCUAAUUUCUUUAUAUGUUUUUGAAAGCUUUACAUUCAACAAACAGGCUGGUUCUUCUCAUUAAAGACAGUCUAUACAAAAAGCCUGAGUGUCAACAGUAAGGAAUGGGGCUGAAGUUUGCACACAUGGUGCAAAGAAAAUACAAGAGCUUGCUUUGGGUGUGCUGCUGAUCCUAAAAACAGGGCAGACCUGUUCAGAGCUGUACAACAAGUUAAAGGGCCACUGUGUAGUUUUGGAGAAGAAAUUCAAACUUACAAUAUUAAUGAGGUUGGAUUACAAACUCAGAUAUAUUUAUCUUUCUCAUAACUGAAUAAACAAGCUGUUCUCAGAGGGAAGUAAGGUCCCAACUACACUGUUUGGGGAUAGAUAUGUGGCAGAGUCCGCCACAUGUACACAAAGUAAAGCAGUAUUAAAUUGUGUCAGAGCGCAUAUCUUUCUCCACUGAUUAACAUUUCUUCCCCAGAACCACAUAAUGCACUUUUAAAAUAGUAAACAAGGACAGACUUUUGGACAAGUAUUGUCUUCUUGACUUUAGAAAUAUAAAACUAGAGGUUUAAACGACUGAAUUCCAUAACAACAGAGCAGACAUCAUCUCACCUACAUGACUGAACUCUUCUGUCUGUAUGGGUUUUUAAAACAUAAAGGCCUCGUCAGUGAUGCCUUUGUUAAAAUGUGCUCAGACAAAAGAGUUGUUUAUUCAGCCAUUUAUUCAGUUUAUGGAGUUAAAGAUGAACUGAGGAAAUGUCACAUCACUUCACCUGACAGGUGUUGGAAUGAACAGGUCCAGGUCCAGCUGGGAUAAAAAAGCCGCCCAGCCUCCAGUCACCAGGUCAACUCGCAGCACCCAGACCAGACAGAGCGACCCCACGGAGACCCAGGAGUCCGGACCGGGCCUGUAUGGAAAACAACGAAAGAAGCAAACGGACUCCGCUUUGGCUCAGGACCUCAGUCAGAUGAGUGUGAGUGGACAGGACGGUUUAAGUACAAGUAAAGGAAAGAUGUCCAAAGGCAGCGGCGACUCUGUGCAGGCUGCUCAGUCCUCUGGGUCCAGAUCUGAUCUGAGCAGUCCCUCAGUGGGUUCUGCCAAGUCCUCAUCCCGGGGCGGUCUAGCCUCUGUGGCUCGUCUGGUGAAGCUCGGUCGCUGUAAGAACGUGGUGGUGGUGGCCGGAGCAGGAAUCAGCACAGCCAGCGGCAUCCCAGACUUCAGAACUCCAGGAACCGGUCUUUACGCCAACUUGGAGAAGUACAACAUUCCUUACCCAGAAGCUAUUUUCAACAUCGACUACUUCUCCAACGACCCGCAGCCUUUCUUCUCCCUGGCCAAAGCUCUGUAUCCCGGCAGCCACCGACCCAACUACAUCCACUAUUUCAUCCGCAUGCUCCAUCACAAAGGCCUGCUGCUCCGAAUGUACACGCAGAACAUCGACGGCCUGGAGAAAGUGUGUGGCAUCCCCGAUGACAAACUUGUGGAAGCUCACGGCAGUUUUGCCACAGCUUCCUGUCACCUGUGCUACACUACGUACCCUGCUGAGGAGGCGAAGCAUGCCAUAAUGAGCGACAACGUCCCCAUAUGCACAUUCUGCGCCGCAACAGUCAAACCUGACGUCGUGUUUUUCGGAGAGGACCUUCCUCAGAAGUAUUUCCUCCACACUAAAGACUUCCCCAAAGCAGACCUGCUGAUCAUCAUGGGCACAUCGUUACAGAUUGAGCCAUUUGCCAGCCUGGUGAACACGGUGCGCUCCACUGUGCCACGUCUCCUCCUGAACCGACACGCUGUGGGCCCCUUUGAGAGGGUCCCACUGCGCCGGGGAGACCACGUGGAGCUGGGCGACCUGGAGGAUACAGUACGGAGGUUUGCUGAAAUGCUCGGCUGGAAUAAUGAGAUAGAAGAGCUGAUGAGGAGUCAGGAAACACAGAGCCUCCCUGCGUUGAUAAGCAACCCUCCGUCAGUGACACCGGGUCAGAGCAGAGGAGCUUCAGAGCCUCCUGCCAGGAUGGACACAUCCAGGUCCAGACCAGGAGCUCAAAGAGGAGCCAGCAGCGGCAGCAGCGAGGAGACGGACUCAGAAACGGACAGCAAGAGCUCCGCGUCGUCCGGCCUGAGCAACUGAUGCUGCAUGCUUCAUAAACAACAGCACUGGAAAGGUUUGAGAUGGUUUCUCACUCUAAGACUGUUUCUCCCGUCAGCUGAAAACACGUUACUGUUGGGCUGGUUAUUUUCUGCUGGUGGCAAACGGUUUGUUUUCGCGUGCAUGAUAAUGGAAGUGCAUCAUCUUACCUCUGCGACUGGGAGUCACAGUCAUGUUCAUAUGUUAAUCAAAUCAACAACUACAACUUAUUAAGCUCAACAAGCACAUUUAAAGCACUUAUUAUAGAGUGAGGGUCCAUCCUGAACACUAGUAUAUAAAUGAGUCCUGUAAGGGAAAAACUCAAAUGUUUCUUCAGGUGUUUUUAUUUGUUCCAUGUCAGUAAACUUGUUCAUGUUUUGUAUCUGCACAACACUGCAUUUUAAUCAGUAUUUAAUAAACGUUGUGUAUUUUGCA